AUGUCUCCAAAGUGGCACAGGCUGCAAAUAUCAGGGGCAUUUCCUCCGUUACUCUUUCAAUACUCAUGGACCAGGCAAGGCUACGAGCUCUGUGUGACAGAUCUGACCUCGAUUUGGUCCGAACAGCUACCACACAAGGAAAUCGCGAAGCGAGCAGAACAGAGUGCCACUUCAAUUGAUCCAAGCGAGGGCGCUGAGCAGUUACAGGUCUUUCUAUCAAAGAUCGGGGAAGCUCUGCGAGGUGACGGAGGCAGCGCAAAGCUACAUCGUGGACCCUACACCGAUUCGCUUGAGCUCACCACAAGCACGAGGCUUCCAGCCCCGCUGAAGCCUCUAAAAUGGACUCUAUACAUGACGAAAGAGCCCCCAUCAGCUUUCACCAGCCGAUUACUACUCCCAUUGCUGACAGACGAGACCAGCUGGGAGUCUCGGCAACGAGCCCUCUUGGACCAGAUCAAACAGAAGGACUGGGUCCUUGGGAAGCUGUUCGACAAAGUUGAAGCUCUACAAAUUGACCUUGGAACCGUAUUUCCCGCUGCUGCAGGGCUACGCUCAGCACGCAAAGGCGGCACACGUUCUGAAGCAGCCAAGCAUAUCAAAGGCGUUGCGCUGUUUGAUGAGCAGAAGUGGCUCGCCGAGUCCGGGGUGAUGUCAUCUGCUAUCUCGGGCGUGGCUGCAAAUAUAGCACAUGAACUACUUGGAUCUAACGGCCAGGGUCUUGAGGGUCUUCAUCCGCCGCAAACAAAUUGGUGGUAUGCGCUUGGAAGCCGUUCCGAAACGUCUUUCUCCCAAGAGAAUGAGUCAGAAGCUCAACCUGUAUCGCAGAAAGACGCACCUGUCAUGUCCUCACAAGCAGGGGUGGAUCUAGAUGGCGAUGCUACGGCAGAAAGCGAAGAUGAUGAAUUUCAGCGACAAGCGACCCCUCCCAGAGCGAAUGCUCAAGAAACCAGAUCGCCCGGGCCAACCAGUAAGACAAAAGAAAAAAGUUCUUCUCUACCACCUCUAGUAUCGAUGAUGGAUAUGUCUACUGCGUCUGAAUCGGAGCCAGAUCGCGAUACCAGACCUGAAGCUGUGCUACGACGCAAGCGUACACCAGAUGUCUCUCCUCCACCGAGGCCUGCAACACCGCCGCCCCAAUCCAAAGUCCCUCCGAAGAAAUCAAGAGGAGGCCUCGGCGUUAUCGGAGGCAAGAAGAAGAAAGAAGAAACGCCAGAGCCAGAGCCAGAGCCAGAGCCGCAUAAUUCACCUCCACCAUCCAAAUCGGCCCAGAUCGCGGGACCUUCACAUCCAACUUCCACGCAAACGAAGCGGCCCGCAAAGCUGGGAAUGAUAGGUGGAAAAAGCAAAGCCAAACUACCAAAUCCAAGCGAAGCACCUUCUGUCCAGCCAGAGUCUGUUCUUCGUUCCCCUGACAGUGCAGGCCCUUCAUCUACAAUGGCUAUAGAUGACUAUUCAAAGUCACCAGAAAAGGCUGCACAAAUGAAACAGCAAAAGGUGGAUUCACCUGAAAAUCACGCGGUUCCAGAAGCGACACCUUUGACAGAGGCCGAGAAAGCUAAUCGAAAACGAGAAGAAUUGAAACGGCAGCUGGAGGCGCAGAGUAGAGCCCCUACAAAGAAGAAACGGAGGUUUUGA